UUCAACACUAACCAAACGUUUGUUUUACGAGUUGUUUUAAUGCACUUAGCCGAACCAUGCACAGAGAGCUAGCUCGGUCGGUUUGAAAUAACAAUUAAUACUUUUGAAUUUGUUGUUGUUAGCGUCGCACACAUUGACGUUACCGACGCGUCAUGCGACAGAGAGCGACGCGCCAAAGAACUGAGUCUUUGAAUGUGGAUUUCCUUGCGAUGCAAAACAAACUCAAACGGAGCAAGAAAUGUAAAGAUGUGUUGCCCACGCGCACCUCCGAGGGGGUGACGUUCAUAGGGGCCUCGCUGGCAGCGGAAGACGCGCAUGCUGCCGCUGCGGGCGCCGCCUCAACCAGAAAAGUCGCACCACCCCCGGAGCGGAGAGACACUUUCUGCGGAAAACACGUCCAAAUCGCGCCAAUCUUCUUGUGUAAAACACAACACAGCGAAAGCAAAUGGAGCGGCGACGGGGCGUCGGGUCGGCCGGUGGAGAAGCAGACGGAAGACGUGCAGCGGGUGAAAGGUCAGCGGUGUUUAUCAACAGUCUCUCGGCCGACGGAGGGAAGGGGCUCCGGGGGAGGACGGCUGUCGUCCUCGGCUCUGCGCAGAUGUCUGGAAGACAUCCAGGCGUCCAACCCCGCGUUCCCAGUCAGCACAGUGUUCAGCACUCUGCGGGAGAGAGCGCAGGAUUCUGGACCCACAGCAAUACAUAUAAGCUCCCCACAGAACCCCUUACAAGAGAAGAGGGAACGAGGGAACGAAAGCUCUGAGAGGGGGCCCAAACGUCUCAGGUCUAGUCUCUCUGCGGAGGAAGCCUUCGGCGUGGGUCCCCGUCUGGUGUCUGCUGUCCAGGAGGGCCCUGUCCUGGUGGUCAAGAAGCUGCAGCCCAGGAGCAACAAGCUGAGUCGGGCUCGCAGACUGAGGGAGCAAAGUGGGAGUCCAGUAGACCCGGAGCCGCUCUCUGGGUUGAUCAAUCCCGCAGAAUCUCGCAGCCAGUCGCCCAAACCCUCCGGCAUCCAUCAAAGAGAUUCCAGUUUUGAGGACGUCCUCUGGACAGACAAAUACAGUCCUCGGCAUUCAAGUGAAGUCAUCGGCAACUCUGCCCCUGUUAAGAAACUGCAAAUUUGGUUGAAGAAAUGGAAACGAAGAGCCGACCGUGACGAGAGUAGACGAGAAGAAAACCGCAACGACUCGUGGGACUGUGGAGACUUCCAGGGUGAGGCCGGGCCCGAGGAGGGCCUCUGCAACACCGUGUUGAUCACGGGACCCUCUGGUGUGGGCAAGACCGCCUCAGUGUACGCCUGCGCUCAGGAGCUUGGCUUCAAGGUAUUUGAGGUGAACUGCUCCUCACAGCGCAAUGGCCGCCAAGUUCUGUCCCAGCUGAAGGAAGCUACCCAGUCCCACCUGGUGGAGAUGUCGGGGAAGGACCCACUGAAACCCACCUACUUCAACAACUACGCCAUCAACAGCUGCACUCUGAAAUCUGAGACUUUACCUGGCAAAGCGGUGCGCCCCAAAAAUGUCACCUCGACCUCAAAAAAUAGAGCGGCCCAGAAGUUUGGCCACUCGAGUCGCAAAGGGAAACUCCGUCCAGCCGCGGUCACUCUGGCCAACUACUUCAGGGUGAAGGCCAAAGCGGAUCACAUUCACGCCAAGAGUCCGUCGCCGUCCCACAAACCAGACGGCGAGGGAUCGGGCAAUCAGUCGCCGCCGGGCUCCGAUCCAAUGGCGCCAAAGAACAGAAAGACGGCCACGUCACUCAUUCUGUUUGAAGAGGUUGAUGUCAUAUUUGAUGACGACGUUGGUUUCCUCGCAGCCGUCAAGACUUUCAUGACGACCACCAAAAGACCAGUCGUCUUGACCACCACUGAUCCUUCCUUCAGAGAGAGAUUCAGCUGCAGCUUGGAGGAGAUCGUUUUCAAAACCCCGUCGGCGGCGAACAUCGUUAGCUACCUGCAGCUGGUGGGCUUGGCUGAGAGCGUGCGACUGGAGCUGGACGACGUGAGCAGCCUCGUCCGGCUGUCCCGGGGCGACGCCAGGCGCUGCCUGCUGCAGCUGCAGCUCUGGGUGAACAGUGGCGGGGGGCGGUCGUCUCUGAGCGGAGGCUCGCCCGAGGAGGCGACUGUGCGAAUCUACUCGAGUGAUACUGAAAGAGGCGACUAUGAAGACUCCCAACGGCCUCGGUGUGACGCAGGCUGCACUGCCAGCAUGCUGGGUUUCCACCAUGUGACCCAACACCAACUUUAUAACCUUCUAAAGCGUCCGGUCUGGACUGAAAUAGAGACGAACAAGCUCCUGAGGCUCCUAGCUGAGAGCUGGAGAGGAGGCGUUCCUCUUCUGUACUGCAACCUGGAGCUUCUUCUGCCCAUCGGGGGGCCCGAGGGGACUUGUCCUGGGCUGCAGAGGAAGCCUGCACCCUCUGACAUCGACCCUCACGUCAGACAGGUCACUGGAAAGGCACCAGCCACCCACAGCAGGUCCAUUAAGGCGUCUAGACUUGGCAGAAGGAAAUGGAUCCCAGCAACGUUGGACGCCACAUCGUUGAUGCGACAUCCUCAAAGAGCGUCCUCAUCGCCGCAAAGGGCCGCUCGGUCGAGAGAUGAGACGGAAGCGAGCAGAGCCGAAGCAGCGACCGGCGGUUUGGAUGCCUUGGCGGACUUCUUUGACCUUGUGUCGUACCUAGAUUACACAACACCAGCUGCCGCGGCACCGCUCAUCUCGGGCCCGUUUGUCUGGACCGGAGCCGGGAUUAAGGACGGCUCGUUAGAUGAGAUGCGCGAGGACGUCGAGGAGGCGGGCAGGACUUUUAGCCAGGAGAGGAUAUUGGAUAUUCAGGCGGCUGUUGAGGGAUUAGGGUGUCACCGGUGCUGUUGGCGGAUGUCGGUGGCGUUGACCGAAGCGCAACAAUACAGACGGGAGCUGGGAGACGCACGGUGGGGAAGGCUGACGGAGGAACUAGCAGCCUCUUCGAAAGGACAGAGCCUCACCUUUAGCGCACCACUGCUGUGGGCGCCACGUGUGUCCAAAAGGAGGUACAAGCUGAGCAGGACCAUUCUCUGCAGUUCUUCCUUCAGCCUGCUGGGGAACAGACGAGCGGUCGCUGUCGACUACAUGCCGGUCCUCCGCCACAUGUGCCGAUUGCAGAGAGCGCAGGAGCAGAAAGAGGAGCCAGUCAGGAGUCUGAACUACCUGAGCAUCACACAGCUGGGCCUCUCAAAGUCAACUAUUAAACUCCUGGCUGAAGACUUCUCAUAGAGCACAUGAUGUCACCAUACUGCAGUCAGUACUGCCUUUAGUGUGCAUUCAUUAAACCUGAAUACUGUCUCCACCAAGGACUGUCAAAUUAAUGUUAUGCAGUUCAGACAAUUAAAUCAGUUUUUUUAUUUACAUGUAUGUUUUUUUUAAUUCUUGAAAGUAAAAUAAAACAAUAUUUUUGGAAA